AUGGGCACGGGUUUCGAUAUUGGCUGCGACCAUACAGAUGCUGGGAUUGUCCCGCGUGCUGUCCAAUACUUAUUUGCCAGUGUAGCUAGACGUCGAGCCGAGGCGGCUGCGAGGAAACAACCAGUUCCUGAGUUCAAGGUUGUUGCACAGUUUUUAGAGCUUUACAAUGAAGAGUUGGUUGACCUACUGGAUUCUGAAAAGGUUCGAAAACCGCACUUACGACUACAUGAAAAUGCUCAAGGGGAUAUUUAUUUGACCGGUGUAUCUACGCGACUAGUAUCAAGCUUAGAUGACACUCUUAAAUGUCUCCAUGAUGGUUCGUUAGUUAGAAGUACAGCCAGCACCAACAUGAAUGCUCAGUCUUCGCGUUCACAUGCUAUUUUCACACUGCACAUUAGACAGCAAAGAUUGCUGCGAUAUGAGGAAGAUUCUAGUGGACAAAAGAAAGAUGUCCAGUCAGAUGCGGAUGUGGACCCCGAUUCUACUGUUGUCGAUCAAGUACCUGAAUAUGAAACACUGACUGCGAAAUUCCAUUUUGUUGACCUUGCUGGUAGCGAACGGCUUAAACGAACUGGUGCCACUGGAGAUCGGGCUAAAGAAGGCAUAUCAAUUAACCGAGGUUUACUUGCGCUCGGUAACGUUAUAUCUGCUUUGGGUGACAAAUCGAAACGAGGUUGUCAUAUUCCUUAUCGUGACUCUAAAUUGACACGCUUACUACAAGAUUCUCUUGGCGGUAAUUCUCGUACAAUCAUGAUCGCUUGUGUUAGCCCAUCUGAUUGUGAUUUCUUGGAAACUUUGAACACUCUAAAGUAUGCAAACCGGGCUCGAAAUAUACGCAAUCGUGUCACUAUGAAUCAGGAUAAGACAAGUAAGCAAUUGGCUACAUUGCGCGCCCAAUUAGCUGCUUUGGAAGAAGAAUUAAAUGACUACAGACAAGGCAAAAGACUUGCCGGGAAGAAUGGUUCUGCAAAUUCGAGUGAUUUGUCACAUGAAAUUAACAUGUUGCAGUCUGAAAACGAUAAGCUUCGUCUUCGUGUCAAAGCACUAGCCGUUACUGUAGACACUUUAAAAGUAAGAAAUGCACAGCUUCUUGCAGAUCAGGAGACAUGUUCCUGGGCAAAAUUGAAGUCUCAGGUAAUGGGAGCAACACAGAUUGAUACAUUCAAUAAUCAGAAUAAUAAAACAGAGCAGGACAGGUCACCACGGAGUUUGAUUUCUGCAGAUGCCGAAGAUUUUCGUCAUCUUGUUGAGAAGUAUACGGUUGAGGUAGAAGAGUUACGCACUAAACUGGUUGAAGCCGAAGCACUGGUGGAAUUCAGUCAGCGCCCAUACACUCAUGCCUCACCAGCUCAGACUGGUCGUUUAUUGGAACAUUCGUUUACAACCAACUCUAAUUUUUCAAAAGCGGACUCAAUUUUUACACCUAAUCGAGUUGCUUUGACAAACAGUGAAUUUCCAGAUGUUGACUCCAGUAUGUUGGCUGCUGCCGAGGCCGGUUUAUCUUCAGCUGGCUCAUACUUCAGUAGCGGAGUACGUAUGGAUGGGGAUACAGUCGAAUCCACCCUCGAUUAUUCUCACAAACUUCGUAAGCGUCGACGCAAAAAGAGACAAAUUACUAGUGCCCAAAGUGAAGAACGCAAACCUCUCAAGUCAAAGAUCACCAAUGUUGAUACGUUUUCUGAUGUAGAAAAUUCUAAAAGUUUUAGUUCUCAAAGGAGAAGGUUUCGAACAUUUCUCCCCAGUAAUGCAGAUGGAGCCACAGUUGAAGCGCUUGAUGAGGAGGAGGAUCGUGAAAAUGAAAUGAUUGAAACAGAAAUCAUUUCUAUAGCGAAUGACAAUGGAAAUUUGGGAGAUGAAACCCUCACAGGUAAUGCAAGCGCCUCUAGCAGUGAUUCAAAGUAUAGACAGAAUAAGAUCAAUGAUGCAUCAGAAUUGAAUGGUUCAAAUUCAGAUAGUGAUUCGGAGGAUACCGAUGAAAAUAAUAUCUUGUUAGGAAAUAUGAGUGAUCACACAAUUGAUGAUAAAUCUUCGUGCAGAUUGAAAGAAGCUCGAUUACAUCAGAGUUUAGCCCACGUAUCUUCUGAAAUUGAUUCUAAACAAAGGUUGAUUGCUGAGUUGCAGGCUAAAGCUGCUGAACUUGAUCAUCUGAAAAAUCAUUAUGAACGCCAAAUGGCAAAUCUUCAAUGGCGGAUAAAGGAAACAGAGCAUGAAAGAGAUUCUGUAAUUGCUAAUCUAGGUCAAGUUGAACACACAGGUGAAGAGCGUUUAAAGCGUACUCGGGAGGAUUUUGAAAAGAAAUUAUCGGCAUUACAGGAGGAAGUUUCACAACUGCAUUUGUCUCGCCAAGAACAAAUUCGGCUAGAACGACAACAAGCUAAAAAAAAUGGUGAGUUACAUCAGUUACGGCAAGAACUGGAAGAACUACGUCGUUACAAAAUCACUUUAACCAAGCGUUUAAGAGAAGAGACGCAACGUACACGUCAGUUAGAGGCUUUGUCAGCUAGGCGUGUUAUGGAAUUAAAAAAAAUCAAAUCUCAAGCUGAUCAUCAAAUAAAAACUCUGGAAGCAGCUCACUCGGCUAAAGAUCGUGCUUUGCAACAAAAACAAGCUGAGUUGGAUAUCCUCAAGCGAAAAAAUCUUGAGCAGCAAAGACAGCUGUCUUCUUCUUUUUCUGGUCGAAUGACUCAAAGCGUUAUUGGAAUGUCAGGGGCGAACUGGAGUUCAUUACGUAAACCGGUUAGUCGAGUAUCUUUAACUGGUUCAAAGUACGGUCGUAAUCGGUUUGUUGGAGCAGCUAAAGCUAAAUGGGCUCUGGUUUCUCAAAAACUGGAUGCAGAUGUUGAACGGCGUAAAAAGUCUGCACGCCUAGAACAUGAUCUACAGACGUGGAUUCGUGAGCGUGAGAGUUUAGGACGCAAACUGAAACGACUACAGCUGCGCAGAGCUCGUAUUGAAGAAAAUAUUACAGAUGAAUCAGAACAAGUCAGUAACUCAUGUCGACUUGCUGAAUUCAAUGAACAAAUAAGAAAUGUUACAGCGCAACUCGAAUCUGUCCAGGAUGCAAUACAAGAAUGUCAAGCUAGUAUUAUCGAAUUUGAGAAAUGUGAAUCUCAGUCAUCAAAAAUCACUGGGAAUAAACAAGCAAAGUCCAUUGACUCACGACAAGGCCUCUCUUCGAACAUCAGUCAGUCGAAUAGCGUUCAUGCAUUAUUCUCAAGUUGUACAUUAACGGAAGCCCGCUUUCUGCUUGCUCAACUUUUUGAGACGGCCGUUUCUCGUGGUUUGUUAGCAAGUCGAUUACAACAAAAUGAAGCUCAACUAAGAGCCAAUCUAUCGGUAAGGGAACAAGAACGGGAGCAGGAAUUAGAAAUGCUCAAGUUAGCAAUGCAACAUGCUGGAAUACCGCCUGACAGUUUGGAAGCAAUCUUUUCCGUUAACGAGCGUUCAGUUAAAAAAACUAACUAUUGCCCACAUCAUGGAACACUAAGUAAUCCUGGUUGUGAAUGUUGUACCUAUGGUAUAUCAUCUGCACCGAUUUCUUCUGAAGAUUCCUCAGAUGAUGUACAGAACGGGGAUAAUCAGUUACAGAUGGAUCCCAGCCUCUCAAAUAAUCAGAUUAAUUUUAGCUGUCUCUCCGCUCAUCAGAUGUCCCAAUCUAUGUAUGCUAAUUUGGAAUUAUCAAAUGCGUCAAAAUCCGAUGCAUCAGAUAUGCCUAAUGGUUACGGAGUUUCAGAUAAUACGAAUGGAAGUGGUUUCGGUAGUAAGGCUGUAAAAGCUAGAAGGCGCAUAUUACAAGCCGAGGAAAUGCUAGGCAUUCUGUCUACUCUUCGCCCCGUAUGUCCUCUCAGUGCUGGUCAGUCUCCUACAACAAAACGACGCAUGGCAGCAAUAACUGGAAGCCUAAAUUGUGGCGCUUCAAGCGUUCAUCCGUGUUCAGCACGUGGUAUCAGCAGUAAUGGGAUUGCUGUUCCCAACACAAUGUCAACUUCGCUCAUUUUACCAAGUUCUAAUAACAUAGACAGUAGUACUUCAACGCAAACUGCACCAAACAGUCCUUCAAGUAAAAUGGUACCAACUACUUCUUCAUCUUUCUUGUCGUCUACUGCGCCAAAUGAUGUGUUUAAACGACUAACCAGUGGAAUGUCAAACUCACCAAAUCCUAGCAGGGGUUCAAUACAACCUACGACCAGAAUGAACCUUCCAAAUUUGGCAUCAUCCAGUGGUACAAGUGCGAAUUUAAUCCUGAGUAGCGCUACAACAAACCGGCCUUUUCAUCUCUCUUCGUCAUCAGGUCCAUGUCUGACCACUUUGACUGUUCCUGUUAAUAAUUUGCCUUCACAACCUUCAAAUCAACCAUUGUCUGCACUUUUCUCGUCAGUUACCGCUUCACAAUCGAUCCAUACACACAGUAGCACAUCUCAUACUUCUAUUGUGAAUACCACGUCGUUACCUGUUGUUUUUCAGUCUUCUAAUUUCGUUGCACCUAUUGAGUGUACUCAUGUGGCUCGGGGACAUUCAAAUGCUGUCCUUGAUGUUGAUAUAUUCGGUGGUAUCAUGAUAACGGGCAGUAAAGAUCGUACCGCAAAAAUUUGGGAUUUAAAUACAAUGGAAGAAAUAGACACACUUCACGACCAUCCGAAUAAUGUAACAAAAGUUAGAAUAUGUCCUUCAUCAAAUCUUAUUUUCACUGUAUGUUCGUAUUUCAUUAAAGUUUGGGAUCGUAGGGAUUCAAACAAAUGCAUUCGUACUUUAUUGUCAAGUGGCCUCAGUCAAGAAGGUUCUUUAGAGACUAAAGUUAUGCGUCGUCAGAAUAUUUGUCCACCUGGUGAAACCAAUAUUAUGGAUAUCGCACUUGGUGGAGGAAAUCCAUCAUUGAGUCAUUUGAUGUUUUCUGCCACCGCAAAUUCAGUGAAGUUGUGGGAUUUAAGACGUUUCUAUUGUGUAGGCAAGUUACACGGUAGUCAUCAGGCACCUGUAAUGGUAUUAGCUGCUGCUGAAAAUGCAUUUGGUUCGCCUGCUGGUGAUUCAGAACCCAGGUUAACUGUGGUUACUGGUUCAAAGGAUCAUUAUAUAAAGGUCUUUGAUGUCUCUCCAAAUGCAUCUGGUUUGCUUACACCUAUUUAUGAUUUGGAACCGCCGCAUUACGAUGGAAUAGAGUCUCUGGUAAUUCAUGGGAAUAUUUUGUUUUCUGGUUCGCGAGAUGCAGCAAUUAAGAAGUGGAAUUUAGCAAAGCAUGGUCGCCAGGAGGUUUUACUUGCUCAGGCUCAUAAAGAUUGGAUUCAGGGUAUGGCUAUAACGAAAGAUGGAUCACACCUUAUUAGUGGUUGUCGUGGUGGCACUCUCAAACUGUGGAAUGUUGAAGAUUGUACAUGUUUGGGAGAGAUCAGCAAUGCACAUGAAGGAGCUAUUAGUUGCGUCAGAACAUACGAAGACCGUGUGUUCACCGCUGGCAAUGACAGAGACGUUCGAUUUUGGAGAUUUUUGAGUUAA